CAAAGCUGUCCGUGUUUGUACAAACCUGAUUGCCGGUAUACGUUUUCAGGCGAUGGAAAUGGAAUCUGAAUGAACUGCAUCCGGAUUCCGAUCCGAUGUACAUCCCUGGAGACUGCGAGUUAACUGUCUUUUUGUUGUGCUCAACACCGAAACUGAUUUUGGAGACCUUUCUCAUGCUUAAUAAAAUAAAAGAAUCUGGACCGAUCGUAGAAAAAUUGGCGGUCUACGCGAUCGAAACAUUCUAUACGCACCUUUUCUUCGUCGUUUCCUCAAUUUUGUUUGAUUUGAUCAAUGUGGAUCUACAACGGAUCAAAAUACUGAUCGUCGAAAAACGAAUGAAGACUAAAAAUACGAAACACCGCAUCGAAGUAGAGAAGCUGUUUCAGUUCGUUAAGUCCCAGACUAUAGAAUGUACUCUGUGGAGGGUUCUGUCUUUGAACGUCAGGAAUAUAUUGAGUUUUGUUUCGUUUGCCGUCACAACCAUCAUUGCUGUCUUACAAAUAAAGAAUAAUAACAUAUAUUGAGUGGAAUUAAUGUAAUAGUAUGUCUUAUUUGAGAUGUGGCAUGCGAUAAAAAAAAAUUCUACUAAAUAUAACUGUUAUUUAAUAAAGCCAUAGUAAAAUUUAGAAAUAGAAAAUAUUGUAUAUUCUAAUUGUACGUUGAACGGUCAAAAGAUUCGAAUUUGGAAAUAUUUCCAAGUAAGCAAAGCUGUUUUUACUGCAAAAAUAAAUAUCUAUGUUGACGUUUCUAUCGGACCCCACUGAUAAUUUAGCUGGUCGACUUCAUAUGCGACGCCUGUGCUUGUAUUAAUACAAAAUUAAUUCUCUAAAUUAAUUGUAUGUAAUUCCUGUCGCCUUGCAACAUAAUAAUAUUAUUAUUAGGAUAUCUUCGUCUGACUCGGUGGUGCAGUAAUUAGCACACGCGACUCUUGCGCCGAGGGUCGUGGGUGUUCGAUUCCCACAUCGGCCAAACAUUGGUGUGAUGAACAGGUUUGUUUGCUUUUUGUCUGGACGUUUAUUACUUUUACAUGUAGGUAUAUAUUUAAAAGUAUAUUAGUAUGUAUAUAAGUCUCAGGUAUCUAUAAUAUAGAGGAUUCUAAUUUGGGGUCGGAUGACCGUGUGUCAUUUCUUCCCAAUCAUUUUUUUCAUUAUUAUUGUAUUCACACUCUUCACCUUCUUCAUGCUUGUGCUUCUUCUAUGCCGUUAAUAAAUUUAUAGUGUUUUAAACUG